AUGUUUAAAUUGUGGACUGGUAGAUUUUUUAAAGAUGAUAAUUUAAAUAAUUCAAUUCCUUAUGUUUUAUCUAAAUCAUCUUGGGAAGAAAUUGGUAUACAAAUGCAAAAUAAUAAAAAAAGUAUGCCAUUAGAUUUUGGAAGACCACCGCGUAAUAUAUUUAAAUAUAAUGCAGGAUAUAAAGCAGAAGAAUGGGCUAACUGGAUAACUUUAUAUUCA